UUCAAUCAGUAUCAGUUCAACAAUCGACAAGUAUCUUCUACGAAGAAAUCAACCCAACGACUCAUCAUGUUCGCUAAAGUAUUAGCCGCUGCUGCUCUCAUUUGCUGCGCAAUUAUUCAGAUAAAUUCCAUGCCAGUACAAGACGACGGUUAUAGCAAACCUUCAUCGUAUCAAGAAAAAGGGCCAUUUGAAAUGGAAAUGAUUUCACUCAAUGGAUCACGAAAAAUAUUGACACCCUCCGAAAUACUUUCUCUCAAACCUCAACUACCAUCAAAUGCUAAAAAAUUAAUCCUAUACAAUUUGUUUGAUCAAAAUGGAAACUCUUACAUAUUGUCUGAUCAUCAAAUUAAACGCUUACUCAAUUUCGAUGUGAUUGCAAUAAUAUUAGGUAGUAAUUCCGCGGUACCAAAAAGUCGUGGUUUUGGUCAUUUGUUCGUAAUUCUUCAACAAGAUGGUACGUUGAAAUCAUUUAUGUACAAUUUGACACUUCAAGAGGCAGUAAAACAAUUACCUCGAAAUUAUCCAUUUCACUUCGCGUCAUCAAAGAAUGCCUACCAUCCAGGAACAAAAAAUUAAUUAAAUCUUGAAAAAAAGAAUAAUCAUUAUUUUGAAACAUAUAUCAGGAUUAAUACAUAUCAUUGACUUAAGUCAAAUAUUUAAAUCCUUAUUAUACUAUAAUAUA